GCAGUUGGAGCCGGCUACGGGAGGUCGUUGGUCUAGCUGCACGGAGAUUCUGGGAAAGCGAAAUGGAAGGGUUUGUGUCUAACCUGAUGGUCUGCAAUCUGGCCUACAGCGGAAAGCUGGAGGAGUUGAAAAAGGAGAUCCUGGGCGAUAAAUCCCUGGCUACUAGAACUGACCAGGACAGCAGAACUGCAUUGCAUUGGGCAUGCUCAGCUGGACAUACAGAGAUUGUUGAAUUCUUGCUGCAACUUGGUGUGCCAGUGAAUGAUAAAGAUGAUGCGGGUUGGUCUCCUCUUCAUAUUGCUGCUUCUGCUGGCCGGGAUGAGAUUGUAAAAGCCCUUCUGGGAAGAGGUGCUCAAGUGAAUGCUGUUAAUCAAAAUGGCUGUACUCCCCUACAUUAUGCAGCUUCCAAAAACAGGCAUGAGAUUGCUGUCAUGUUACUAGAAGGUGGGGCUAAUCCAGAUGCUAAGGACCAUUAUGAGGCUACAGCAAUGCACCGGGCCGCAGCCAAGGGUAACUUGAAGAUGAUUCAUAUUCUUCUGUACUACAAAGCAUCCACAAACAUCCAAGACACUGAGGGUAACACUCCUCUACACUUAGCCUGUGAUGAGGAGAGAGUGGAAGAAGCAAAACUGUUGGUGUCCCAAGGAGCAAGUAUUUACAUUGAGAAUAAAGAAGAAAAGACACCCCUGCAAGUGGCCAAAGGUGGUCUGGGUUUAGCACUCAAGGGAAUGGUGGAAGGUUAAGCAGCUUGGAUUUAUUUUUACUUCAUAUGUUUUGUGGUUGUCCUCAGUGUCCUGGAAACAAAUAUACUUGUGCAUAAGACAUCAUCUAGUAAUAUGAAGGUUUUUUCACCUUCAAAGUAUUAUAAACACUUUGGCUAUUGUUUCUGCUGAGAUGUUUGUUCUAAGCUUACAAUUUGCUUUCCAGGCAUUGAAUAAUGUUGAGAUUGUUCUACUACUGUUGUAUAUAGAAUUUUGGUUAAUUUUGAAUAAGUGACUCUGUGGUUAUUGUGAGACUUCAUCACUCUCCCAUGCACCCUGUGUCCUUCUCUGAGUCAAAACAACCCCAUAGCCUCUGGCCAGUUGUUCUACCAAAUGUUUUUAGGUGGAUUCUAGAAUGUUGCUUCUAUACAAUUGAAACACAUCCUAACUCGUUUUUCAAGCUCACUCAGGCCUACACCAAAAAUUUCUGUUUUUUCAACAGUACAUUUAAUUUAUUUUUGUUAUAGGAAGAAUACUUACAUAUUUUAGAGGACCAUACUUUCAGUUGGAAAGUCUGCUAUUCCGAGUUUGGCAUUCAAAACCACUAAAAUAGUGACCAAUUAUAGCUUAUGUGCCCAUGUAUCUUUUUAAUGUGCUAUUUCCCUCCAUAAAAAGUGUUGUUUUUAAAAAGGAAGUUUUAAAGUACCUAUAUUGUUAUCCUGUAUUAAAAAGAAUAUAAAUCUUGUUAACAUGCUAUGUUACAAAAAUGUACUUUGAUUUGUAUUUCAGAAACUAAAAAAACAAAAUGCUGAGAGAAUGAAUCUGCCAGUGUUUCUUUCAAAUCAGUUAAAUGCCCACUAAAGCCUCACAGUCCUUCAUAAAGAUACUUGUCAGUUUUUGGAAGUUCUAAAGCCAACAAAAUUCAUAAAGCUUGAACGGAAGCUAAAAUUCUUUAAAAGUAGUAAUCUUAUGAAUUGCUAAUUAAGUGUGGAGCCAAAGGAAAUUAAUAAGUGUAAACUUGAUCUCAUUUUAGAGAAAUAGUCUUAAAAGAUUACUAAUCAUAAAAUCUAAUGACCUCCAAGUAACUCUUCAUAUUAUUUUUUAAUUUGAAUUUUAUACUGCAAAUAAUGCUUGAAGUAAGUCAACCCACAACUUAACAUUAAUUUAGGAUCAGAGACUUAAUGACCAGCAGCUAAAAUGAGUUUUAUAAACACAAAAUGUGGAUUUGCAAACCCUUUCUACAUAAAUAUUUUGAGUGCUGAUCUUUACAAAUAUUAAUCAGGGAAGAAGCAUCUUCUUAAUAGAACUAAACUGUGUUUAUUGAAUGCCAGGGAUAGAUUUGUUCAUAAAGGAAAUAAUUUCUUCCCAAUAUUUUUUAGCAUGAUUGAAGUUGUACAUAAUACAGCCUGUUAGGAUUGAAAGAGUUUACUCUUCAUAAAUAACUGAAUUCACUGUAUGAAGUAAAAGAAAACUCAUCCUAGUUCUUUAAUAAGCAAUAAACAUGGUAUUACUGAC